UGGCGGCUCAUAAAAGCCUCGUGCAGUGAGUUGCCGCCGUCAGUGUUUUGUGAUCCGCAUCACUAAGCAGCAUCAUGAAAGUCAUUAUUCUCCUCGCUCUUGUCGGAGUGGCUCUGUCCGCCAAGUUGGACAACCUGGGGCGCUCCGCCAGCCAGAUCGGCGUCGUGCGUGACGACAGCGUGGCCCCAGUGGGUGCUCGCUACAGGACCUCCUUCCAGACCGAUAACGGCAUUACCAUCGAAGAGGAGGGCAGCGAAGGAUCUGUUGGACAGACUGUCGUCAGAGGAUCUUAUUCGUACACUGCUCCUGACGGACAGGUUAUCACCAUUAACUACGUUGCUGAUGAGAAUGGAUACCGAGCCACUGGACCUUCCAUUCCCACUUUGAAAAGGACCGCCUAAAUGGAUAUUAUUUUGAAAAAAUUAUUUGCGAAGUGAAUUUUCCUUAGAAGGUUAAAUACUUUUAUGAUUUUUUUUUACUUUUUUGUGUUUUUUUUUUAUGACAAUGGUGAAAUCAGUGUCUGAUCUACUGACGCUGUAAGAUAAAUUUUGAAUUAA